AUGCUCAUCCUCCGUAUGCGACGUAAGAAGAGUAGACGAGCUGACAUUUGCGCCCUCAUCAGAGCUCACGGUCGACGUGGUGUUCGAGUCCUCCUCGUCUUGCAAAGAGUCGCGGUUGGUGUUGCGGAUGUUUAUGUCGUCGUCGUCGACUUGAGCCUCAACCGCAACCUCAACCUCAACUUCACCUGCGCCUUUGCCUUCGCCUUCGCCUUGACCUUCGCCAACUCCAGCCUCGACAUCGCCGGGACGUCUCACUAUAACCGUUUCGCUGAUGCUCGUGACACUGUCUCGCCUCGACGGCAGGUUGGUCGCCAGCGGACAGACGGACGAGUCAAUGGACCGCUGUCUGUAGCCUUCUGUCGCCUGCACGAUCGAGUACGCCUCCAGCACUGCCAGGUGCCUCUUGUCGACCGGCCCGCGGUACUUUGGCCGCGGAAUCUCGUGUGGCUUGUACAGCUCGAUCUUGGGCCAGGGUUCCUCUAUUUUGCUUUUCCGAUUCGAUGUCCGUGGGGACAGCGUCUUGAUGAUGCUUGCGCGGAAUGA